GAAUUAAAGAGUAGGAAAGCGAGAGGGAAAAGAAAGCCCAAUACCAAAAAACAACCCAACAAAUUUACAAUAAUAACCACACACACCCUUGGGAAAACACUAGAAAUUCACUUUCAUUUCGUACAAGUAUUAUUUAUUACUAUAUUAUAUAUUUUUGUGGUUUUUCAGCUGUAAUUACCAAGUUCCAAGUAGUGAUGAUGCUGGAGCCUGCAGGAUUGUUACAAAAUUCAGCUGUCGGUAGCGGAGGAGCCACCGUCACCACCGCCGUUGCUUCGGCCGUGAAUCUGGAGAAUGAGGAGGAGGGUGGUGGUGGGUUUGGGGAGGAGGAGACAACCAAAGUAGAAGAGGGUGAUCGGAGUUUAACCGGUAACCGGUGGCCUCGAGAAGAGACCUUGGCUUUGUUGAAGAUAAGGUCUGAUAUUGACCUUGCAUUUCGUGACUCUACUCUCAAAGCUCCUCUCUGGGAUCAGGUUUCUAGGAAAUUAGCUGCGCUUGGGUACCAUCGAAAUGGCAAGAAAUGCAAAGAGAAGUUUGAAAACAUCUAUAAGUAUCACAAGAGAACCAAAGAAUGCCGAUCGAGCAGACAAAAAAGCAAGAGUUACCGAUUUUUUGAGCAAUUAGAGCUUUUUGCCAGCCAGUCCUCACUUCCAUCGGUUAUUCAACCAUCUCUGACGGAAACAACUAUGGCGACAACGGAGAUGACAAUGACCGACAUGGAAAUAAAGCCCUCUAGUGUUGCACAAGAACAAGAACAAGAACAAGAUCAUCAUCAACAUCAACAUGUUACAAUUCCUUGUUCAAUCCCAAACCACCCCACUAGCAGUGCAGCAGCAGAGCUCGUGAUGUCUACCUCUACAUCGACUACAUCGACAUCUGGAAAAGAAUCCGAAAUCAAUGGCAAGAAGAGAAAAUUUGUGAAUUACUUUGAGAGAUUAAUGAAGGAAGUUUUAGAAAAGCAAGAGAAAUUGCAAGAAAAGUUUAUAGAUGCAUUAGAAAAGUGUGAAAAGGAUCGAAUAGCGAGAGAAGAAGCUUGGAAAAUGCAAGAAUUGGCUAGAAUAAAGAGAGAGCAAGAGAUGAUAGCAGAAGAAAGAGCCAUUGCAGCAGCUAAAGAUGCAGCUUUGAUUUCAUUCUUGCAAAAGAUUUCCGAGCAAGCAAGUCCGGUGCAAUUGCCACAAAACCCAACUCCAACUCCAAUUCCUGUUUCAAUUCCAAUUCCACCUGAGAAAGUUAAUGAGAAACAAGGGAAUGAUAUUAUUACUGAGAAUUCUACUCAGGUUAUUAGCUCUUCGCGGUGGCCUAAAGCAGAAGUUGAAGCUUUGAUCAGGCUUAGGACUAAUCUUGACUUGGAAUAUCAAGACAAUGGACCUAAGGGCCCUCUAUGGGAGGAAGUUUCAUUGUCAAUGAAGAAGAUUGGUUACAAUCGGAACGCAAAGAGAUGUAAAGAGAAGUGGGAGAAUAUAAACAAGUACUUCAAGAGGGUAAAAGAUAGUAACAAGAAAAGGCCUGAAGAUUCAAAGACAUGUCCAUACUUCGAAAUGCUCGAGUCUAUCUAUGAAAGGAAGUCCAAGAAGGUUGAUAAUUCAGAUAAUUCUGGUUGUUACUCAAAACCUGAGGACAUUUUGAUGCUAAUGAUGGGCCAGCAACAACAACAGCCACCACCGCAGCAGCAGCAGCAGCAACAACAACAACAAAGGCCAGAAUCAUUAACAGAAGAUGGUGAAAGUGAAAACACUGAUCAAAAUCAAGAAGAAAAGAGAAGUGGGAGAAUAUAA